AUGAUGCUUAAAUUCCUCGUUUUGGCAGCUCUGGUCGUCGCCGUUAGCCCCACCCCCACUUUUCUGUUGGGGGGGAAAGGAUUAACGAAGUUAUGGAGACCAUGGUGGUCCGGAUGGUGCCGACACGACGGAUUAGCACGUAAAGGAGUUGGAAGGCCUCUCAUAGGAGGUGGCCAUGGAUCAUACAUCGAUGAUGAUUACAAAUACCAAGAAGGUGACAGAGUACUGGCACCUUUUGGUUACCUGGCUAAGGGAAUCACUGAUGUCGCCGGAAAUGCAGCUGACAUAUUGUUGGAUAUUUCACAAUUGAAAUUUCCCGGCGCUUUCGAUGACGUCGUCAACGUUGUCAUCAGCGUUGGAAAAAUUUUGGCCAGAAGUUUCAUAAUUUUCUUUUUCACAGUCGUCAUUUCAAUCGCCAAGAUCAUUAUCUGCGUGUUGGGAUCUCCAGGACUCACUGGAAAACUUCUUGGUGACAGGAGGCCAGGCUUAGGAAACCCAAAAGACAUCCCAGCAAUUUGCGUGAAUGACUACGGCAAGAAAUGGGGCUGGAGAAACUAUGGAGGUGGAUACUCCUGCGCUAACGAUGUUGUCAAAUUCUACGAAUUGAUUGACGUCCGUGCCCAGAUUGAUGUGGUCAUUGGAAAGUACACAAAUGGAAAAGGCAUUGCAUCCCUGUCAGUUUCUGACAGACUCGUAGUGGACUUGGUCAUCGAAUUGGGAGUUCUGUUUGAACGCAAGAAUGGUGGAUGGUGCCGUGAUGAUGUCUUAACCGCUUUCGUUAAAGUAUCCACAAUCAUCGGUGUUGUUGGCAACGCGCAUUCUGAUGGACUUGGUGAAGAUCUCGUUGACGCUAUCAUCGCCUAUGCCGAAAUCAGUUUCAAGGUUAAGGGAUAUACUGACUUAAUAUCAUUGGGUAUACAAAUAAAGAAGAGAAUUCGCGGUUAUGGAAGACACAACUUCAAUGGCGCUAUCAGAUGUGACUCUGGUUCAGAUAGCAAUUCCAACUCCAAUAGCAAUUCCAACAGUAACUCUAACAGCAACUCCAAUAGCAACUCGAACAGUAAUUCGAACAGUAACUCGAAUAGCAACUCCAAUAGCAAUUCUAACUCAAACAGCAGUUCUAAUAAUAAUUCCAGCAGCAAUAAUUCGAACAGUAACUCGAAUAGCAAUUCAAAUAGCAACUCAAACAGCAGCUCUAACAAUAAUUCCAGCAGCAAUAAUUCUAACAGUAACUCGAAUAGCAACUCCAAUAGCAAUUCUAACUCAAACAGCAGUUCUAAUAAUAAUUCCAGUACCAAUAAUUCAAACAGUAACUCGAAUAGCAAUUCAAAUAGCAACUCAAACAGCAGCUCUAACAAUAAUUCCAGCAGCAAUAAUUCUAACAGUAACUCGAAUAGCAACUCCAAUAGCAAUUCUAACUCAAACAGCAGUUCUAAUAAUAAUUCCAGUACCAAUAAUUCAAACAGUAACUCGAAUAGCAACUCAAACAGCAGUUCUAACAAUAAUUCCAGUAGCAAUAAUUCUAGCAGUAACUCGAAUAGCAAUUCAAAUGCUAACUCCAAUUCAAACAGCAGCUCUAGCAAUAAUUCCAGCAGCAAUAAUUCUAGCAGUAACUCGAAUAGCAAUUCAAAUGCUAACUCCAAUUCAAACAGCAGCUCUAACAAUAAUUCUAGCAGUAACUCGAAUAGCAAUUCAAAUGCUAACUCCAAUUCAAACAGCAGCUCUAACAAUAAUUCCAGCAGCAAUAAUUCUAGCAGUAACUCGAAUAGCAAUUCAAAUGCUAACUCCAAUUCAAACAGCAGCUCUAACAAUAAUUCUAGCAGUAACUCGAAUAGCAAUUCAAAUGCUAACUCCAAUUCAAACAGCAGCUCUAACAAUAAUUCUAGCAGUAACUCGAAUAGCAAUUCAAAUGCUAACUCCAAUUCAAACAGCAGCUCUAACAAUAAUUCCAGCAGCAAUAAUUCUAGCAGUAACUCGAAUAGCAAUUCAAAUGCUAACUCCAAUUCAAACAGCAGCUCUAACAAUAAUUCUAGCAGUAACUCGAAUAGCAAUUCAAAUGCUAACUCCAAUUCAAACAGCAGCUCUAACAAUAAUUCUAGCAGUAACUCGAAUAGCAAUUCAAAUGCUAACUCCAAUUCAAACAGCAGCUCUAACAAUAAUUCCAGCAGCAAUAAUUCUAGCAGUAACUCGAAUAGCAAUUCAAAUGCUAACUCCAAUUCAAACAGUAGCUCUAGCAAUAAUUCCAGCAGCAAUAAUUCUAGCAGUAACUCGAAUAGCAAUUCAAAUGCUAACUCCAAUUCAAACAGCAGCUCUAACAAUAAUUCUAGCAGUAACUCGAAUAGCAAUUCUAAUGCUAACUCCAAUUCAAACAGCAGCUCUAGCAAUAAUUCCAGCAGCAAUAAUUCUAGCAGUAACUCGAAUAGCAAUUCAAAUGCUAACUCCAAUUCAAACAGCAGCUCUAACAAUAAUUCCAGUAGCAAUAAUUCUAGCAGUAACUCGAAUAGCAAUUCAAAUGCUAACUCCAAUUCAAACAGCAGCUCUAACAAUAAUUCUAGCAGUAACUCGAAUAGCAAUUCUAAUGCUAACUCCAAUUCAAACAGCAGCUCUAGCAAUAAUUCCAGCAGCAAUAAUUCUAGCAGUAACUCGAAUAGCAAUUCAAAUGCUAACUCCAAUUCAAACAGCUGCUCUAACAAUAAUUCCAGUAGCAAUAAUUCUAGCAGUAACUCGAAUAGCAAUUCAAAUGCUAACUCCAAUUCAAACAGCAGCUCUAGCAAUAAUUCUAACAGUAACUCGAAUAGCAAUUCAAAUGCUAACUCCAAUUCAAACAGCAGCUCUAACAAUAAUUCUAACAGUAACUCGAAUAGCAAUUCGAGUUCUGAAUCAAACGAAAAUUCCAGUGAGGAAUCAGGUGAAAAUUCUAAAGAGUCUAAUGGUGGCAAACAUAGGAGACACCAUGGCAAGGGUAAAGGUAAAGGUAAAGGCAAAAAGCACUCCGGUGGCUGCAACAACAAUUCCAAUAGCAACUCAAGCAGCAAUGAAAAUAAUUCCAGUAAUGCAAAUUCCAGUUCUAACUCAAGUAGCAAUGCAAAUUCUAGUUCUAACUCGAGUAGCAAUGCAAAUAGCUCAAGCAAUGCAAAUUCCAGUUCUAACUCGAGUAGCAAUGCAAAUAGCUCAAGCAAUGCAAAUUCCAGUUCUAACUCAAACAGCAAUUCAAAUAGCUCGAGCAAUGCAAAUUCCAGUUCUAACUCAAACAGCAAUUCAAAUAGCUCGAGCAAUGCAAAUUCCAGUUCUAACUCAAACAGCAAUUCAAAUAGCUCAAGCAAUGCAAAUUCUAGUUCUAACUCGAGUAGCAAUGCAAAUAGCUCAAGCAAUGCAAAUUCCAGUUCUAACUCAAACAGCAAUUCAAAUAGCUCGAGCAAUUCCAACUCAAACAGUAAUUCUAAUAGCAGUUCGAGUUCUGAAUCAAACGAAAAUUCUAGCGAGGAAUCCGGUUCUAAGGAAAAUUCUAAAGAGUCCAAGGGUAAACACCAUUGGAAACAUGGUAAAGGUAAAAGACACCCAAAGGGAUCUAGGGGAUGUUAA